CUCGCCCCGCCGGCUUCCCACCACGGCCUCUCUCGGCGAGGAAACUCUGGCCUCCGCUUCCUCCUCCUCCGACUCGGACGCCGGCGGAGCCUCCCCGCCCCCGCGGAAGAAACCCCGAGCCUCGGCGGCGGAGGGAGCAGGAGAGCCCGGGGCUUCGGCAGGCAGAGCAGGCCUCUCCCCUCCGUCCUCGUCGUCCUCGUCCUCGUCCUCGUCGUCGUCGUCCUCCUCCUCCUCCUCCUCCGUGGUGGUGGUGGUGGGCCUGCCCCCGGCCGCGGCCCCCGCCGCCGCCCCCCACCGAAGUAGCGGCCACAGCCUGGUCAGCGGCGGCAUCAUGCAGGCCAACGGGGCAGGAGGAGGAGGAGGCGGCGGCGGCGGCGGCGGCGGAGGGGGCGGCGGGGGCCAGGGACAGACCCAGGAGCUGGCCUGCCUGUCGGCCCAGAACGGGGAGUCGUCCCCGUCGUCGUCGUCGUCCGCGGGGGACCUGGCCCACGCCAACGGGCUGCUGCCUUCCGCCCCCUCCGCCGCCAGCAACAAUAGCAACAGCCUCAACGUCAAUAACGGGGUCCCCGGCGGGGCGGCCGCCGCCACCGCCGCCGCCUCGGCCGCCGCCGCGUCCUCGGCCACCCCGGAGCUGGGCAGCAGCCUCAAGAAGAAGAAGCGGCUCUCGCAGUCGGACGAGGAUGUCAUUCGGCUAAUAGGACAGCACCUGAACGGCCUGGGGCUCAACCAGACUGUUGAUCUCCUCAUGCAAGAGUCAGGAUGUCGUUUAGAACAUCCUUCUGCCACCAAAUUCCGAAAUCAUGUCAUGGAAGGAGACUGGGAUAAGGCAGAAAAUGACCUGAAUGAACUAAAGCCCUUAGUGCAUUCUCCUCAUGCUAUUGUGGUAAGAGGCGCACUUGAAAUCUCUCAAACGUUGUUGGGAAUAAUUGUGAGGAUGAAGUUUUUGCUGCUGCAGCAGAAGUACCUGGAGUACCUGGAGGACGGCAAGGUCCUGGAGGCGCUUCAAGUUCUGCGCUGCGAGUUGACGCCACUGAAAUACAACACGGAGCGCAUCCAUGUUCUCAGCGGCUAUCUGAUGUGCAGCCAUGCGGAAGACCUCCGGGCAAAAGCAGAAUGGGAGGGCAAAGGAACGGCUUCCCGAUCCAAACUGUUGGACAAACUUCAGACCUACUUGCCGCCAUCGGUGAUGCUUCCCCCUCGGCGUUUACAGACUCUCCUGCGGCAGGCGGUGGAGCUACAAAGGGAUCGGUGCCUGUAUCACAACACCAAACUCGAUAAUAACCUAGAUUCUGUGUCUCUGCUCAUAGACCACGUUUGUAGUAGGAGACAGUUCCCGUGUUACACUCAGCAGAUCCUUACGGAGCAUUGUAACGAAGUGUGGUUCUGUAAAUUCUCGAACGAUGGCACUAAACUAGCAACAGGAUCAAAAGAUACGACCGUUAUCAUAUGGCACGUUGAUCUGGACACACACCUGCUAAAACUGCUUAAGACUUUAGAAGGACACGCGUACGGCGUUUCUUACAUCGCGUGGAGUCCGGAUGACAACUAUCUUGUUGCGUGUGGCCCAGACGACUGCUCCGAACUCUGGCUCUGGAACGUACAGACGGGAGAGCUAAGGACAAAAAUGAGCCAGUCUCACGAGGACAGUUUAACAAGUGUGGCUUGGAAUCCAGACGGGAAACGCUUUGUGACCGGAGGCCAGCGCGGCCAGUUCUAUCAGUGUGAUUUAGAUGGUAACCUCCUUGACUCCUGGGAAGGGGUCAGAGUGCAAUGCCUCUGGUGCUUGAGCGACGGCAAGACGGUUCUGGCAUCAGAUACACACCAGCGAAUCCGGGGGUACAACUUCGAGGACCUUACAGAUAGGAACAUAGUACAAGAAGAUCACCCCAUUAUGUCUUUUACUAUUUCCAAGAAUGGCCGGUUAGCUUUGUUAAAUGUAGCAACUCAGGGAGUUCAUUUAUGGGACUUGCAAGACAGAGUUUUAGUAAGAAAGUAUCAAGGUGUCACGCAAGGGUUUUAUACAAUUCAUUCAUGUUUUGGAGGCCAUAACGAAGACUUCAUCGCUAGUGGCAGCGAAGAUCACAAGGUUUACAUCUGGCACAAACGUAGUGAACUGCCCAUCGCGGAGCUGACAGGGCACACGCGCACAGUCAACUGCGUGAGCUGGAACCCACAGAUCCCAUCCCUGAUGGCCAGCGCCUCCGACGACGGCACUGUUAGAAUAUGGGGACCAGCACCUUUUAUAGACCACCAGAAUAUUGAAGAGGAAUGCAGUAGCAUGGAUAGUUGAUGGCGAGUGUGGAGCAGACGGCUUCUGUUUAACUUAAAAUUAGUCGUAUUUUAAUGGCUUGGGAUUUGGUGCAAACAAACAUGAUUGAUAGCUGGACAGACAUGCUCGUCAUGAAAAAAAGAACCAUUUCUGAAGCCCGACUGGGGCCAAACAUUUACACCUUGCUUCAUAGUAACCAGUUGAGACGAAGCACGUCGUUAGAACGUUGUUGGACGCCAUGUUGAAUCGCCCCCAUCGGUUGCGAAGGACUGUGCUACGUUCAGGCUUACCCACCGAACUCCGUAUAUAUAUUGUUUUCCCUCCUGCCUUUUGUCUGGUGGGACACCAUUCUUGUUGCUCUUCUGUGUAAUGAAGUUUAAAUGCUUGUUUGGAAAACUUUAUUUAACAGUUUAGAAGGCUUGAUAGAAGGAGUGCAUUAGUCUGAAGAGUACACAUCGGAUAGGAAAGAAUUUCCUUCUUUUGUUUCUCCAAAUCUUUCCGCCUUAUUUAGCUUGAGAUCUUUGCAGCUUGGUUCACGGAUUCUAGCCUUUGCCCGUUGCGCAGUAGAUACUGAUCCAGAUGACAGACCAGUGAACUAUGUCAAAAGCACUCUCAAUAUUACAUUUGACAAAAAGUUUUGUACUUUUCACAUAGCUUGUUGCCCCGUAAAAGGGUUAACAGCACAAUUUUUUAAAAAUAAAUUAAGAAGUAUUUAUAGGAUUAAAGUGACUUCAUUUGUAUACAUUUGGAAUCUAAACCAGCUUAAAAAAAAAGUUUCCUCUAUGACUUAAGAUAUGCAGUAAAACUGACGCUCUUCCGGAAUCCCACAUGAGACUUGGUCAGAAACAGAGCUUGGAAGGACAUUACACAGGAAAUCCAGAGUAACCCCUUGGAGGUUUCCCCCCUUUUGUUUUUUUUUUCCCCGAAGGAACAUCAGUACCUGAUGUCGAAGAAAUUCAAGAUUCCAAAAGAGAAUUUUAAGCCUGUACCAACAGGAGAGCUCGGUAGUGAGUCAGCGUAGGCUUUCCGCAAAGCACGUUCCGAGCUGUUCCCGGCUUGGAGGUCUGCUCUGGUGGGGUCCGGCACGAGUGGAAAGCAGGUGUGACCACCGGGGAAGUUCAUAGCAUGACCCAGCGUGUUAGAAGACUCCACAGGCCACAGACCGAAACUGGGUUUCACACCUCAUAGUCCUGUGUCUGAACUGCCCGUAACGUUUUGACCUGUCGAGGGACGUACACGUACAGAACGCUCCUUCUCAGUUUUUCAGAUCUUGCCAUACUGAACCUCAUUCCAAACUGGUGCUGUGGGUAGUCUUUGCCUCCCCCUCCCCUGGUAGUUCAAGGAAAGGUUUCCUCCGUGGGAAAGCACUUUUAAUCCUGACAAGUUCACAUCUGAAAGAAGCCAAAAGCCUCCCGUUCGCAUUGUGCUUUUAAACCCCGUAACAGCUGGACGCGGCGUACUUCGUCUCCUUUGGAACCACCUCCCCGUUCCGGCAGAGGGUCCGAGGGGACCGCGGCUGUUACGGUGGGGAGAGGAGUGGAGGUGCCCCCGAGAUGAGGUUCUGGCGAGGAAAAGGGCCCGUGCCAAGUCCCCUCUGGGGCCCGGGACCCUCAGAGCAGAGCGAGAAGGGCUUGGGUGUCAGGGACUCUCCUGUGGGGGCGGGGACGUCAGGGAGGGGAGACGAAAGAAGAACACAAUUGGCCUUAAAAUAGCACGGAUUCUCCCAAAAGCUCAUAGUAAGAGGAAGCGACAGACCGUGUCAGCAGAUGCUUUUAUCAAAUUGGUAUGUAAAAGAUUUCUUUAAGCUCCAUUUUGCAGAGACCCCCACUUAGAGAAUCAAGAAUUCCUGUUUUGAUACUUCUAAGUUACGAUAACGAUCUGUUACAGUUUAUCUGGUACUUCAUUUUUCUUAACUAAAAUUACUUCUUACUUUAAGCUUGAAUAAAAGUCUUCGUUGGUAACCGUAUAUAAUUCAGUGGCAACUUCUCUUUCCCGCAGUACAGUUAAGUCCAGGCACGUUUUCCGCCCCGAAGCCGUUAGGCAAUGCACCCCGUCUCCACAGUAGCAUCUCUGACGAACUGUGGGCCCAGAAACGCCACGGCUGCUGACAGAUUAGGUCCAGCGCGCUCCCUGAGGUCCGCGCCCGUCCGUGGGCUUCGGCCUCCGCUCCUCCCGCUUCACCCGGCCGCCCCCACGCAGGAGCCCAGUGCUCCGUGGGUAGUUGAGGACCUCUAAAAAAGCGGAAUGAAAGGGAGACACGCCGGCCAGGGAACAGAACUCCACUAAGGCGGAGUAACGAUGAUGCCGAGGCCUCCGGGGCGUUCCCGGGGCCGUGACCCCGCGGCGUCCCGCACACGCGGGUGCCUCGCCGUGCCCGCUCCUGCACCUGCCGCGCGGGGUCCCGUAGGGCAGGCCGGGGGUGGCCCGUAGCUAUGAAGUGACCAGCUCCGCCAGGGCUCUAGUCUCUGCGUAGGCUCGAGAGCAAGGGGACGGCCAAGCCGGUACAACGUACUAACGUAGAAACUGAAAAGUACCAAUACUUUUUGCACGUAGAUCAAAACUAGAGUGGAGAAUUUGGGCUCCAAAAAUCAGGUUAGUAGGCUCAUUUCCAUGUGCUUAAAAAUGUUUUUGUUCUUGUUGUUGGUUGAUUAAGGGCUAGGGCAAGUCUAAAAUGGAAUGCCUUUUGCCUCCAAACAAUCGGUUAUCGACAGUACAGUGUUGGAUGUGAGGCGGGUGGGGGUGGCGACGGAGAAGUUGGGGGGGGGGGGGGGGGAGGGGUGACAGCUCGCGUCCCUACCCUCCACGUUCCCGCUGCUCCUCUAGGUCAGGCAGACAUGUUGUGUUUAAACCAGGUAAGUCGCUUAAACAGGAGAUUGUGCUGGCGAGCGUCCCCACGGAUUGGCCGGUGUUCGUGGGUGGGAGAGCAAAAGGGAUUACCUAACUUUAAAUACAAACUAAGUGAUUCAAGUCACCUGCCUAGUUGUAAGGGGAAAAAAAAAAUUCCUAACUCCUUGUCAGUAUUUUAGUCUGAAAUCCCGCUCGCAGAAAUACGAUUUUUUCGUUCUUAGGCGUGUUCUCCCUCUAGAGUGGCGUUCCGUGACAUUAAUAGAAAACCCUUCUUCCCCACCCCUCCCCACCUUGGAAUUUUCUUUUUUAGGAUGUUGUUUCCUGCACACAAGAACUGACCUAGCACUCUGCUCACGGUGGUAAAUAUAUCGUACAUCUCUUGAAAGGGAAGUAUCUGUCAGGUUCUUUCACAGCAGAAGAAUGGCAGCUUUUGAAGGGGGAGGAAAGAAGACAUUUUUCUUAAUAUCCUUUUGGUCCCAUCUCUAAAACGUACACGUACCUCGCUUUAAUGUUUAAUUUCCCAUUUAGACUUCAGCAACUCUCUUUCGGCGUUCCUCUCCAAAAGAGUACUUGGGUUUUCAAAACCAUCCCUGAUUCCAUCGAAACUGCUCACUUUAAGAGAAGAGGUGAAUUUGAGUUUAUUUAUACUUAGACACUUUCUAAAAACAGGGUGAACUUCAUUGAAAUCCUCAGUGCUGUUGAGCUGUUGUCACAGUAGCUGCCCUCUAGUUGCAGAAACAAAUCUGUAAAAGCCCGUCCCCGUCUACUUAGUCCAGGUAGGCUGGAUUGAAUGAAACUACUAGUAUAAAAACGUGUGCGUGUCGUGUGUCUGCGUGCGAGAGAGCGUACCGAACUCAUAAAAAGCCCUAGAAACAGCUUCCUGGGCUCUUCGUGUCAAUUUUAGGAAGUCUCGUGCACAUGUGAAGCGCCCUCUCUGAACUCAAGGUCUGGUUAAUACUGGUAUAUUUUUGUAAGACUCAGAUGCGUCCCCACGCGUGACUCAAACAUUUGCGUUAUCGGGGUCAAUGUGCUAAAACGGAAUCGUAACGUUUUUAGGCACGGGUGGAAAAAAUGUCAUUGGCUCCUUGAAAAACGUGUGUGUGUGGCGAGGGGAAGAGAUCCACAAAAGCAUGUAUGUACUGUAACAAACCAAGCUGUAGAGAUCAGGGAAAGAACUUCAGUGUUGAUCUCAAGAUACCUAAAUUGUCAAGAUUUACAUGGCAUUGUGGUGGAACUAGUUAACGCUUAGAGCUUUCGGUAUGUAAUAACUAUUGCUAUGGACUGAUUCAGUGUUUCAAAGGAUUGUGUUCUCAAAUUUGGGGGAGUUCUGGUUUUUUUGUUUCCGGUUUUGUUUUGUUUUUUAACUGCCUCUCAGAUUAUAUUUAGUAGUUUAAAUUUCUUGGCUUUAUUAUUUCAUUAAA